AUGUCUGGAGCCAAGGCUGAUGACAGCCAUGUGCUUAAGCCAAGGAGUCUGCUGAAGGACUCGCAACCUCUGCCGAGUGUUGGGAUAGGUCCAGAGAUGAGACGCAUGGAGGAGCAGCGCAUGAGGGAGCAGCGGCGCAUGGAGGAGCAGUGGCGCAUGGAGCAGCAGCGCAUGAGGGAGCUGCGCAUGAGGGGGUGGCCUUUACAGAUGGACACCUCUCGUCCAAUCACACUGCUGGAUGCACAGGAACAGAUAAAGGUGUGGAGGUGGGUGAAGGUUGCAUUAGCAGCAGAGCUCUCCUCGCCGCCUCGUCCAGCCUCUCAGCAAGCCUUGUCACCUCCCUGCAGAACGAUGUCAGCCGAAGAGAAGCUGUAUGACUACAUCAUCUCCUGGCUGGAUCUCAGCCAAGAAUAUGCCGAUCAUCUGAGAAAGUCCGCAGGGAAGCUGGAGGCCAUCAACGAGGGCUGCAACGCCGGCCGGGCGGUGGGCAACACCGUCAGCGUGGUCGGUGGAGUGGUGAUGGUGGGAGCCGGCAUCGCCACCCUGUGUAGUGCAGGAGCAGCGGCUCCCCUCUUAGAAGUCGCAGGCGCCUACGGGUUAACCGGGUCAGCCAUCACUUACACAUCCAAAGGCAUCGAAUGGUUUCUAGAACGUGACAUACUCCAAGAUGCAAAGAAGAUUUCUGAGGAGCAUAAGGAGCGCGGAGAAAAAAUCCAGAAAUGCAUGCAGGAGAUGAUGCAGGAAAACAUGGGAGGCUCUGGUCCACCUGUGGGGGGGGAUUACAUGGACCCCAGGUUGACUCUCAGCAAGCCGUGGGCCCCCGUGAGACGGGACCCGGCCCUGUAG